AUGUCGGGUAAUGCGGGAUUGGAACAUCUUAUUCCCAUUGUCAACAAAUUACAGGAUGUAUUUGCUUCACUCGGAGUUCCCUUGUCUUUGGAUCUACCACAGAUUGCGGUUGUGGGAAGCCAGAGCGCGGGGAAAAGUAGUGUACUGGAGAAUUUCGUCGGCAGAGAUUUUCUACCAAGAGGUUCUGGCAUAGUAACCAGGCGGCCUCUAGUACUGCAGCUUAUCUACAGCAGGACAGAAUAUGCAGAGUUUGUUCACACCAAAGGCAAGAAGUUCACAGAUUUCAACCUGGUGCGUAAGGAGAUUGAAGAUGAAACUGAUCGUGUCACCGGUUCUAACAAAGGCAUCUCCAACAUACCCAUUAAUUUACGGGUGUAUUCUCCAAAUGUUCUCAACUUGACCCUCAUUGACCUACCUGGGAUGACCAAGGUUCCAGUAGGGGACCAGCCGCCCGAUAUAGAACAGCAGAUUCGAAACAUGCUCAUGGAGUUUAUCGAAAAGGAGUCCUGUCUUAUCCUUGCGGUCAGCCCUGCUAACACUGAUCUGGCCAACUCAGAUGCCCUGAAAAUUGCUAAAGAGGUUGAUCCACAAGGAUUGAGGACUAUUGGUGUGAUAACCAAACUGGAUCUGAUGGAUGAUGGGACUGAUGCCAGAGAUAUUUUAGAGAACAGAUUGUUGCCUUUGAGGCGAGGUUAUAUUGGUGUUGUAAAUAGAAGUCAGAGGGAUAUAGAAGGCCGCAAGGAUAUACGGGCAGCCCUUGCAGCAGAGCGGAAGUUUUUCUUGUCUCAUCCAUCAUACAGGCACAUGGCAGACCGACUGGGUACACCUUAUUUACAAAAAGUUCUCAACCAGCAGUUGACCAACCACAUCCGCGACACUCUGCCAGCCCUGCGAAACAAACUGCAGACACAGCUGCUGUCCAUGGAGAAAGAGGUGGAAGAGUACAAGAACUUCAGACCAGAUGACCCAGCCAGGAAGACAAAAGCCAUGAUGCAAAUGAUAUCUCAGUUCAACACAGACUUUGAGCGAGACAUUGAAGGUUCUGGUGCCCAUGUUUCCACUGAGGACCUGUCGGGUGGUGCCAAGAUCAACAGGCUGUUUCAUGAAAGGUUUCCAUUUGAACUCGUCAAGAUGGAGAGUGAUGAAAGAGAAUUGCGGCGGGAAAUUGGAAUUACCAUUACAAAUAUCCAUGGUAUAAGGACCGGCCUGUUUACUCCAGAUAUGGCUUUUGAGAAUAUAGUCAAGAAGCAGAUACAGCGACUCAAAGAGCCGUCUCUACAGUGUGUGGAUCUAGUUGUCACAGAGCUUGCUAGUGUCGUCCGCAAGUGUACAGAGAAGAUGAACCGCUAUCCUCGGCUGAGAGAGGAGACUGAGCGUAUUGUCAGCACCAGGAUAAGGGAGCAGGAGCAGGUCACCAAAGAGCAGAUCAAGCAGUUGAUUGACAUCCAGCUGUCCUACAUGAACACCAACCACGAGGAUUUCAUUGGCUUUGCCAACGCUCAGCAGAAGUCGGAGAACACGAACAAGCGGAAACUUGGAAACCAAGUAAUCCGAAAAGGUUGGCUGUCAUUACACAAUGUUAGCUUCAUUAAAGGGGGCUCGAAAGACUUUUGGUUUGUGCUGACCGCUGAAUCGUUAUCCUGGUACAAGGAUGAGGAGGAGAAGGACAAGAAGUAUAUGCUUCCUCUGGAAGGGUUGAAAAUAAGAGACCUAGAAUCCGGAUUAUUCUCUCGACACACCAUUUUUGCUCUUUUCAACGCGGACAAUAGAAAUGUGUACAAGGACUACAAGCAACUAGAACUAUCAGCUCAGUCUCAGGAUGAUGUGGAUAGUUGGAAGGCAUCAUUCCUUCGGGCUGGUGUCUACCCGGAGCGCAAAAACGUGGAUGGAGAAAAUUCCAAAGAUGAUUAUGCCUCCAUGGACCCACAGUUGGAAAGACAGGUGGAGACCAUCAGAAAUCUUGUGGAUUCUUACCUGAAAAUUGUUCAUAAGACCCAGAGGGAUCUCGUACCCAAGACCAUUAUGUAUCUCAUUAUCAGCAAU